AUGUCUGAAGAACACGAAGAAGAACAAGUUAUAACGAAUCAACCUUUAAGUAACAAACAAACUUUACUACGAAAUGCCCCGCAAGUAAUACAGGAUGACGGUAGUACUGAGGCAUGUUUGGAAUGCUGUUGUGCUGUUGCCGAAACGACUGCAGAAAUCGCCAGUGAUAGCAACAAUGAUAACUACAGUGGUGGGGAUUGGAACUGUGGGGAUUGUGACUGUGGGGAUUGCAGUUGUUUCGGUGAUUAA